AUGCCAUCACCCAUUCCUCUUAACUGUUUUUUUUCUUUUGAGUUUUCCCCAUCUGUGAAUCUGCGACCCUGUAGCAGCCCCUUAGUUAUCCCUGGCAAAGACACAAAAAACUUCUUAGGGGGCACCCCUUCGUUCAGGGCUCGCCGCUUGCCUCCCCGCCUCUCCUGGUGCUCCAUUGACUGGGAUCAGCUCUGCCUCCUCCAGCCCCUAGGCUCUGGGGGCUUCGGCUCCGUCUACAAAGCCACCUACCACGGUGCAACUGUGGCUGUGAAGCAGGUGAAGAAGAGCAGCAAAAACCGGCUGGCAUCGCGCCAGAGCUUCUGGGGCGAGCUGAACGUGGCCCGGCUACAGCACAGCAACGUGGUACGUGUGGUGGCUGCCAGCACGUGUGCCCCGGCCAGCCAGAACAGCCUGGGCACCAUCAUUAUGGAGUAUGUGGGCAACAUCACCCUCCACCAUGUGAUUUACGGCACUGGUGACGUGUGGAGACAGGGCGAGGAUGAUGAAGGAGGAUGUGGAAGGGAGGCCCUGAGCAUGGAAGAGACUGUGUGCUAUUCUUGUGACAUUAUGGCUGGCUUAGCCUUUCUGCACUCACAGAGCAUCGUGCACUUGGACCUGAAGCCUGCAAACGUCUUCAUCACCGAGCAGGGAGUGUGCAAGAUUGGAGACUUCGGGUGCUCCCAGAAACUGGAAGAGGGCUUCUCCCAGAGCCCCCACGUGUGCCAGCAAGGGGGCACGUACACCCACCGUGCCCCUGAGCUCCUCAAAGGGGAGAGGGUCACUGCCAAAGCAGACAUCUACUCCUUUGCCAUCACCCUCUGGCAAAUUGUCAUGCGAGAGCAGCCCUACCUGGGUGAGCGGCAGUAUGUGCUCUAUGCUGUGGUGGCCUAUAACUUGCGUCCUUCGCUGGCUGCUGCCGUUUUCCACGAGUCACCAGUGGGCCAGAGACUCCAGAGCAUUAUUAGCUGCUGCUGGAAGGCUAAUGCAGAGGAGCGCCUGAGCGCAGCCCAGCUGCUUCCCAGCCUCAGGGCCCUCCAGGGGAGCCUCUAG